AAAAUACAUUAAAAUAAGUGAUUGUUGAAACACUCGUGUGUUUAAAGGUUAAGCAUGUGUGUUGAUGCUGACACAGGAAAUUCAGUCAGUAUAUGAAGUUACAGACUGUUCACACGGCACACUUUCACACGGUUUCAAAUCAGCAGCAGCUCAGGACUUGAGAUCAAUAAAUACAAAUCAUUUUAUGCAUGUAAAUACUAACGUGUACAAGAGUGUUUCAGACAGGAUUGUCUGUUAAUGAAGAGAUGGACACAGCAGAGAAAAUAAUUAUUUUCUGUUUUCUGUUAAAAGGUGUUUGCUGUAGAGAUUUCAACAUCAGUCUGCCACAGAAGAUUAAAGCUCUCAGUGGAUCUUGUGUGAUCAUAAAGUGCAGAUUUGAGAUUAAAGAAGAAUAUGACAAACACCUCACAGAGAGAGCUACAGGAGUGUGGUACAAAGAUGGGACUAAACUAAACAGAAAUGUAGUGUUUAACUCAAGCACAUCAAGCCAGAAAUCCUCUAUGAAAGGGAAAAUAACUGGAAAAUUAAAAGAUAAGGACUGCACCACUAUCUUUUAUGACAUCAGAUCAAAUCACAGAGGUCUGUAUUUCUUCAGGAUUGAGAGUGAAGGUAGACUGAAACAUACCUAUAUACAAGCCAAUGUUUCAAUAGAUGUGAUUGAGUCUCCUCCCAAACCCAGAGUGCAGCUGUAUGUGGAGCAGAAGGAGGUGCAGGGUCAGGAGGAGGUGUUGGAGGUGUUGGAGGGGAGCUCUGUGAGUCUGCGCUGCUCUGCUGAGACUCUCUGCUCCUCUCCUUCACCAACUCUCACAUGGAGCUCCACUCCCAGAAUCCCCCUAAGUGAGAGCAGCAGACUACAGGAGCUCAUCUCUAAUCUGAACUUCACUGCUACUCACCGUGAGCACGGAGUCACUUUCACCUGCACUAUAACCUACCAGCUACAGGACAAGACCAAAACAGCACAGGACAACAUCACACUACAUGUUCAGUAUUCACCCCAAAACACAGCAGUAUCUGUGACUCCCUCCAGCUCUGUGUUGGAGGACAGUUCAGUGACUCUGAUCUGCAGCAGUGAUGCAAAUCCAGCAGUGAACUACACCUGGUCCAGAGAGAGUGAAGGACAGUUGAAGCAGCUGCAGACAGGAGACACUCUUACCUUCAAUAGGACCGACCCGACACACAGAGGCUGGUACCACUGUACAGCUCAGAACCAACAUGGCAGCCACAACUCAUCUGUGAAGCUGGACAUUCAGAAUGCCCCAAAAAACAUGUCAGCUUUAGCGAUUCCCUCCAGCUCUGUGUUGGAGGGCAGUUCAGUGACUCUGAUCUGCAGCAGUGAUGCAAAUCCAGCAGUGAACUACACCUGGUCCAGAGAGAGUGAAGGACAGUUGAAGCAGCUGCAGACUGGAGACACUCUUACCUUCAAUAGGACCGACCCGACACACAGAGGCUGGUACCACUGUACAGCUCAGAACCAACAUGGCAGCCACAACUCAUCAGUGAUGCUGGACAUUCAGUAUGCCCCAAAAAACAUGUCAUUUUUACUGAUUCCCUCCAGCUCUGUGUUGGAGGGCAGUUCAGUGACUCUGAUCUGCAGCAGUGAUGCAAAUCCAGCAGUGAACUACACCUGGUCCAGAGAGAGUGAAGGACAGUUGAAGCAGCUGCAGACUGGAGACACUCUUACCUUCAAUAGGACCGACCCGACACACAGAGGCUGGUACCACUGUACAGCUCAGAACCAACACGGCAGCCAAAGCUCAUCUGUGAAGCUGGACAUUCAGUAUUUUCCUCAGAUCUCUACUUCUUCCAGCUGUAGCAGAACUGAUGUAACUGUGUGUUUCUGUGAGGCUGAUGGGAAUCCCUCUCCUGAACUGGAGUGGCAUCUGUCUGGACGUCAUGUCACUACUUCUUCAAACACGUUCAUCAGUGAAGAGCGAUUGAGCAGCACAGUCUUGAGGAGCUUCAUCACUCUUCAUCAGUCUCUCACAAACACAUCCACUCUGCUGUGUGUCAGCAGAAACACUCGAGGCACUGCGAGUUAUCUGUUUCAGCUGCCUUCAUCUGUUGAACGUUUGAAUCAUUUCUCUUUGCUGAUUGGAGUUGCUGUUGUGGCUCUGGUGGUCAUGUUGUUAAGCGCCAUUACAUGCAUCUGUGUACGAAAAGGGAAUGGGAAACUUUCACAGACUACACAAGAAGGCACCAAGAGAAGUGAUCAAAGUACCAGUGAAGUCGCCCCACACGAGAAUCAAGACGACCCUGUUUAUGUCAUGAUGUCAUCUGCUGGAGCCGCAGCAAAUCAAGACUCCGUCAUUUAUUCCCCCAUUGUCUUCACAAAAUCAGAAUCACAAGAGUUUGGUAGCCUCUCUUCACUUGACUAUGCUGUGAUGCAGGAUUGUUCUAAAGGGCUGUUAAAGACUGAGAGCUCAAUAGGAGAGUCUUCAAGAGCCAGAGAAGCACAGGUGAUUGUGAGUGCAAAUGUGCGAAUGAAACAAACAGAGGAAGAGCUGUUUGAAGACUCCUCUCAGCUUUACGCAAAGGUUAAACGGCGUAACCCAUAGAAAACUAGAGAGUUUGCCAUUCCUCUAUUAGAUUUUUCCUAUAUAUAUAUCAGAUACUGUAUAUGUAAACAAGAUAAAAAUGUAACAUUUAGCCUCAUUAUUGCUCACUCAUCACACAACUUUACAGGUGAAAUGUCUUGGUUAAAACAGACAAGCAAACUCAUAAGUUAAAAACAGUGGAGAAUGCAAGGAUAAAAAGGGGGCUGUAAAAACUUGCAGAUCUUACAUUUAACCCAUUUGGUGUGCCUUAAGUAUUUAAUCUUUUGUUGUGUAUUGUAUCAUUAUUCCCAAAAUUUCUAUUCCUUGGCGUUUUGGGGAAUGUUAAAUCCACAUGGUAUUAUUUGAAAUCCCUUGGAUUUGACUUGGAAAUUGGAAUGGGAUAGGUUCUAGUUUAUACAUAAUACUGAUUUCAGAUCAACAGAUAUUCUGGAUUAGAAGCACUUCUGAAUUAAUGAGUAUCAAAAUCAGUCUCAACAUUUUCAUUUGGUGCUUUUG